CUCCGUCGGGUCGCGGCUCGGGCUCCUUUGUGUCGGGGCGAUGCUGUCGGGGGGCAAGAAGGGCUUGGAGGCGGCGGCAGGCGGCGAGGGCGGCCCCGAGGCUCCGGUGCCUCCGGCCGCAGCCGCCCCGGGCUCCGCUGCCGAGGAGCGCACGCCCCGCAAGAAGGAGCCGCCGCGGGGCUCCCCCCCGGCCGCGCUGUCCGAGCCGCCCCCCGGGGCCGCCCCUGCGCCCGGCGCCGACACCGCGGGGAUCGCAGAGACCCCCGAGGGCCGCAGGACCAGCCGGCGCAAGAGGGCCAAGGUGGAGUAUAGAGAGAUGGACGAGAGUCUUGCAAACCUGUCAGAAGAUGAGUAUUACUCUGAAGAAGAGAGAAAUGCUAAAGCUGAGAAAGAGAAGAAGCUGCCACCACCACCUCCCCCAGCUCCUGCAGAAGAGGAGAAUGAAAGCGAGCCGGAGGAGCCAUCCGGGCAAGCAGGAGGACUUCAAGACGACAAUUCUGGAGGGUAUGGAGACGGCCAAGCAUCAGGUGUGGAGGGUGCAGCUUUCCAGAGUAGACUUCCACAUGACCGUAUGACAUCUCAAGAAGCUGCCUGCUUCCCUGAUAUAAUCAGUGGGCCCCAGCAGACCCAGAAGGUGUUUCUGUACAUCAGGAACCGCACUCUGCAGCUCUGGCUGGAUAACCCAAAGAUUCAGUUGACAUUUGAGGCAACUAUCCAACAAUUAGAAGCACCCUAUAAUAGUGAUACGGUGCUGGUUCACAGAGUGCACAGCUACCUGGAGCGCCACGGGCUCAUCAACUUCGGCAUCUACAAGAGAGUGAAGCCUCUUCCCACCAAGAAGACUGGGAAGGUGAUCAUCAUCGGAUCUGGAGUCUCUGGGUUGGCAGCAGCUCGCCAGUUGCAGAGUUUUGGAAUGGAUGUCACAGUUCUGGAAGCCAGGGACCGAGUAGGAGGAAGAGUUGCGACGUUCCGCAAAGGGAACUACGUUGCUGACCUGGGAGCAAUGGUGGUGACAGGACUUGGAGGAAAUCCCAUGGCUGUGGUCAGCAAACAAGUGAAUAUGGAAUUGGCUAAGAUCAAACAAAAAUGUCCACUUUAUGAAGCAAAUGGACAAGCUGUCCCAAAAGAGAAAGAUGAAAUGGUGGAGCAAGAGUUUAAUCGUCUGCUGGAAGCCACAUCCUACCUCAGUCAUCAGCUGGAUUUUAACGUUCUCAAUAAUAAGCCUGUCUCCCUAGGUCAGGCUCUGGAGGUUGUCAUACAGCUGCAGGAGAAGCAUGUGAAGGAUGAGCAGAUUGAGCACUGGAAAAAAAUUGUGAAAACACAGGAGGAAUUGAAAGACCUUCUUAACAAGAUGGUGAAUUUAAAAGAGAAGAUUAAAGAACUUCAUCAGCAGUAUAAGGAAGCAUCAGAGGUGAAGCCACCUCGAGAUAUUACAGCAGAGUUCCUCGUGAAAAGCAAACACAGAGAUCUGACUGCACUCUGCAAGGAGUAUGAUGAAUUGGCGGAAACACAAGGAAAGCUGGAGGAGAAGUUACAGGAACUUGAAGCCAAUCCUCCAAGUGAUGUUUAUCUGUCAUCAAGAGACAGGCAAAUACUCGACUGGCACUUUGCAAACCUAGAAUUUGCCAAUGCUACACCCCUGUCUACACUGUCACUGAAGCACUGGGACCAGGAUGAUGACUUUGAGUUCACAGGCAGUCACUUGACUGUGAGGAAUGGCUAUUCCUGUGUGCCUGUAGCCUUAGCAGAAGGCUUGGAUAUUAAACUGAACACAGCAGUUCGCCAGGUUCGCUACACAGCAUCAGGUUGUGAAGUGAUCGCUGUAAACACGCGCUCUACGAGCCAGACUUUCAUUUACAAAUGUGAUGCUGUUCUGUGCACUCUUCCCUUGGGAGUGUUGAAGCAGCAGCCUCCAGCAGUACAGUUUGUGCCACCUCUGCCUGAGUGGAAAACUUCAGCAGUUCAGCGGAUGGGAUUUGGCAACCUUAACAAGGUUGUGUUGUGUUUUGAUCGUGUCUUCUGGGAUCCGAGCGUCAAUUUGUUUGGUCAUGUUGGUAGCACUACUGCAAGCAGAGGAGAACUCUUCCUGUUUUGGAACCUGUACAAAGCACCAAUUCUGUUGGCCUUGGUGGCAGGAGAAGCAGCAGGAAUCAUGGAAAACAUCAGUGAUGAUGUCAUUGUUGGCCGGUGCCUUGCCAUCCUCAAAGGCAUCUUUGGGAGCAGCGCUGUGCCUCAGCCUAAGGAAACGGUGGUGUCCCGCUGGCGCGCCGACCCCUGGGCCCGGGGCUCCUACUCCUAUGUAGCAGCCGGAUCUUCUGGCAAUGACUAUGAUCUGAUGGCUCAGCCCAUUACUCCCGGACCAGCCAUUCCCGGUGCUCCACAGCCCGUUCCUCGCCUCUUCUUUGCUGGGGAGCACACGAUCCGCAACUACCCGGCCACGGUCCAUGGGGCUCUGCUGAGCGGGCUCCGGGAAGCCGGGCGCAUCGCAGACCAGUUCCUGGGGGCCAUGUACACUCUGCCUCGCCAGCCCACGCCGGGGGUGCCCCCCCAGCCAGCAGCCACCAUGUGAGGAGGUACCCGAAGAGGAGGGACAAGACCCCAGUGCUGCUGUGGGGCCUCCGUGGGGUGAAGAUGCAGAGUCUGCAGCGGUGCCUGAGCCACAGCUCAGCCAGGAGUUCUGUGGACACUCCCAUUGGAUUCCUGUGAACACUCCCAUUGGAUUCCUGUGGACACUCCCAUUGGAAUGGGCUCACAGAAGCUCUGGCUUGGCAGGAUCUCGUGGAGCUCUUUGAAGGGUCUGUGCCCACAGUUCUGUGCUGCCAGGCUGGGCAGGGGCUUCGUGGGACCCUGUCAAUGCUUCCUGAAGGUCAAGCUUGUAGCUGGAGGAUUUUUUAGGUGUGUUUGGGGUUUUUGUUGACUUUUGUUUUCUACCUACCCGUGGGUUUACAAUGUGGUAACUGCACAAGGGCAGCUGGUACCUACACCUGGGGGCUUAGUGUACAAUUAAUGUUAUUAAUAAUAACUAUGUGGGUGCUUUUUAUUACUGUUUGAAGAACAGUAUUUAUUGACCAAUUCUUACCUGGCAUUUGAGUUUGAUGCAACUGUUUCCCCCCUCCACAAUGUCCAUUUGUUGCUACCCUGUAUGCAUCCUGUUCUAGAAAGAAAGCUGGUAUUAAAUACCUUCAACAAACGAAA